AGCCUUGCCCACUCAUCGCAUCAUUCCAAGGCCAACAAGUUGUGCUGCGCCUGGGAGCACACAUUAUAUGCACGCAUGCAAUUAGCUCAGCAUGGCGGCCGUCGAAGCUCGAAGCGCACGCCCAGCCGCCGAACCACCGGCGAGCAGCGGUAGACGUCUCAAUUUUGGCUCUCAGGAGAUACGAAACCUCUCUGCGUCGCGCACCAAUGCCACACGUCUUGCAGACAUCAUUCACUUUGAUCAACAGGCGCGUGGCGACUCCUUGGACUCGAGACAUGCAGAUGUCUUCAUCGCUCAGGUACACGAGUGCGAAGGCACCUUGGCGCCGUUCAGCGUCACCAAUACCGUGGACAGCGAAGUCCUUCCGCCCUUGGAGUUUUGCUACACGGACGCCAUCAUCCAAAGCACGAACGUGCCUGCCGCGCAGCACCCUCCUGUGCUUCCCAAAGGCUGCUCGUGCGACGACGAUGUCUGCGACCCCAAACACUGCGAGUGCCGUCAGAUUGGGCGCGAGUUCGAUCCGACCUGGGCCAACUUCGCAGCCGAUGCAUUGUAAGUUGCAUCGCCUACAAGGCCAAUGGCUUUUUAGCGGAAGGUCCCCGACAGUACCCAGGCACCACCAUUUGGGAGUGCAAUGAAAACUGCGGUUGCAGUGUCGAUUGCCCAAAUAGAGUUGUCAGCAAAGGCAGAAAGGUCUG